GAUCCUAGCCGGUAGCGGCCACGCUUGCGGGGACCCAAGCCCAAACGUGCGCGAAACGGUUUUUCGUCGUGCGCGACCGGUUAAUUUCCGUGAUCCAAACGUGGGGAGAGCUCGCUCGGCGUGCGGUGCCCAACCGUCUGCUCCUCCUCCUCGGCCUCGCCUAUAUAGCGCAUCCCCCGCGCGGCCCCCACCCAGAUCCGGAAACACUCGCAAACUCCGUUUGGUUCGUGCCUUCGUGGCGUUGCUCCUCCUCACCUUCUCGUGGUCUCGUGGUGUUCUCUCAUGGCUGUUGGAGGAGGCGUGCGCGUGACCUCGUCAUCGUCGGUGGAGGUGUGGGGGAGGAGGACGGGGGCGCCGCGGCGCGGUCCGGCGACGGUCAGGUGCAGCUGCGUGGGCGAGGCUGGGGCGGGGGCGGCUGGGGGGCUGGCCGAGGACCACUACCGGACGCUGCGGCUCCGGCCGGGGGCAACCAGGGGCGAGGUCAAGAAGGCCUUCCGACGCCUCGCGCUCACGUAUCAUCCGGACGUUUGCAAGGAGAGCGACGGCGACAGCGGCGUGCAUUUCCAGAGGAUCAACGUUGCGUAUCAGAUGCUGAUGAGCAACAUGAGGGAGGCCGAGGAUAGGCUCGAGUACUGGCGGCUCAGAUACGGCCUCACCGACGAGGAUCUGGACAAGUACAGGUACUACCUCAACGACCAAGACGACGACUGGUUCGACAUGUGAAGAAGCAGGCCGGUCAAUCGACAAUGAUCUUCACAACUCGUUGAUCCCCAUUCGAUUCAUCUUAGCGUCGAUUAAUUCUCGUUGCCAUGAUACAAGGUAGCACUGUUCACUUCUCCCCUAUUUUAUUGUGGGGAAGAGGCAGGGACAGACUAUAAGGGUACUGACAUUUGUAAAAUUUCUUUUGUGGACACAAACAUUUAACCGAUCUUAAUUACUACAAAUUGCGAGUUGUUCGUGCUUGAUUUCAUCA